CUUCACUUUCUUCACUUUGCAUUGAGAUUAAUUUUGUGAACUGAAAGGAGCUUGGAAAUCAGACUACUUUUAGCUUCGUGUAAGCAACAGAGUCAAGGUGAAAGGCGGUAGAAAGUAGAGCCAGAUAUUCCCGCUAUUCUCUCGUGCUUGUUUAUACCACUGCUGUAGAUUUGAUUAUCCUUGCUGUUCGUAUCGGCUCUGAAAUUUCCCCGUUCAUUGCUUAUGUCAACAAUUGGAAGGAAAUUCUGGCAGAUUGUACCUUUGAAAUAGUCUGCCACGCUUGGAAGCAAUUUCUUAGAAUUGCUACGUUCACCAGAUGGAUACAAGAGCGAAAUUCUACGAUGAAAAUCAUGACUUGGUGGAUUUGAGGGGUGAGGACGACUCAGCGCACUUUUUCAGUGCUCUGUUGACUCGUUCAGACACAGCGCUCAAGACUGCUUUGACGCGAAUCGAUUCGUCUGUACGAAUUUGGGCCUCUCAAGCUCCCUUGAACGAUGAGCUUGCUGCUGAGUUGUUGCAAUGCCACCUCCCGACUGUUCUUCGUCUCAGUCGCCAAUGCCCCGUGGAGGAAGUUCGCAGUUCAUUCUCUAAAUUGCUAGCUGAUUUGGAGGAACAUGGGACCCCCGUGCCAACUCCCUUGUAUGCUGGCGCAAGUUCUUUCAUGCCAACGCCGAAGGUGCAAGCAGUCGGAAGUGGUGAUGAUCAGGUGUCCCGGUUAUUUAUGGAUGCGUUUCUCUAUGAUGGGCGCGUUUCCAACAUGACUCAGGUGAUGGGUGAUCAUCCUGCAUACUUAGAGUGCCACAUACGCUGUCAGCACUACCUGAUGCACGGGGAUGGUCCACUGCCAUUCGAAUGGAGAACUAUGAUCGCUGUCCUGGCUGCAUCACGUCAUCGUUGCGGUGUCUUGGUCCGAGUCUUACUCAAGGACUUCCAAGAUCAGCAAGGUGACUCCUCGUGGCUUCGGGGAAUUGAUCAUCUUCCACGCAAACUUCAGAACCUACUGGAAGUGAACAAGCUACUUGCUCAUCGGCCAUGGCUUGUCAACCACAAACACAUGGAGAUGUUGUUGCAACCUGGUCCAGACAGUUGGUCAAUGGGAGAGCUAAUGCAUGCACUGGUCUUGCUUGCACACUGGCAUGCUGUGUCUGGCUUUGUGUUCGGCUGCGGAGUCAACCCUGAGCUGGAUAUGCCGGAAGGCCAUUCGUUUACGUGUACUAGUCAGUCCACGGGUGACAGACACGGUGCAGCAAGUCGGAGUGAGCAAACUACUUCAGCACCCGCUGCAUCCUCUGCAAAUGGUAGUAAUGGUGUACAUAGGAGUGGUACUGCUGCCGCCGCUGUGGCUGCUGCUGCUCCAGCUGCUAUUGAUGGUACCAUCGCUCCGCCUACCGACAAGGGCGUGAUGCGUGUCGCCAGCAGAGAAGAUGUUGGAGAGCUUGCGGAGAAAAUGAAGGAGCUCAAUGCUGAAGAGGAAGAGGAGGAUAGCAGCAGCGGUGAAGAUCAGCUGACAAACUUUCAGCAGAUUUAUGGAGGCAGUUCUGAGAAUGGCGAUGGGUCUACAAGCUGCAGUGGCCCAUGUCCUGAGAUGUUGCUUCCUUUCCUGGAUGAGCCCAGCUUCAGCCACGAGAACUUUGCUGAGAGAGGAGAGGGCUCUGGUAUCCAUCCAUUCCGUCUCUACGAUUACUGCUGGGAAGACCAUGGUUUUUCACUGGUCAACCGCCUCUACUCUGACAUUGGGCCUCUGCUGGACGAGAAGUUCUCCUGUGUUGCCUCCCUCACAUACAACAAGGUUGGUGAUGUGGAAAAUAUCGAUACAUCCCCAUUUCGACGGGCCGUAUUCAACUACAUACACUGCAUCAAGGGCAUCUUCCAUGAUGACUACAGCUAUCGACAGGUCAACCAGCUGGUGUCUCGUGAGUUGAAGACGUAUGUUAAGAUGAUCACGUGCUUUCCUGAGCGAGUGACACCAGCAGAGUUCCAAUGUCUGGACAUGUUCAAGCCCUCCGAGCAGGUACACAUCAACUUUCUUCUCUUGGAAGCACGGUUACAAGCUGAACUGCUCUAUGCAUUGCGAGCUCUGAACGCCUACAUCACACGCCGUAGCUAGUAUGCAUGCGUACACCAUUGCUCGAAUGCAUACAGCUUGCGUUAGGCUGUGUGUGUGUGCAUCAACGUAGCAAGCCAAGAAAACUGGGUUAACACUGUGAAUGCAGAACUGUGUUCUCUUUGUUCUCCUCGCGCUCCUCCGUCGUGCCUGGCUGUGACUGAUGGUGUGAUGAGGUUGCGUAUCCCAAACGACGCAAGAGUGCAUGGUUCAAGAGGACCUUGGAACAUGGCCUACCUUAGCCAAUUCCUUGUGCUCACUUCUACUACUACUUCAUCAUCAUCACCUGUCACUGUGAACAAGCCGAUUUCAAUGGCUGCUACCCGGUUUGUUUUACCCCUACUAAGCUGGUCUUAUUCCAUAUUCUCAAGAACGCUACUAUAUUCUUGCCAUGCGAAGAAGAAAACGAAAAAAACCUAUCCAAUACACCAAAAACACAAGAAGACCUGCUUCUUCUGCGCCUGAAUUUUCGGCUUGAUCAAGGGGAGUGGCGACACACACACGAUUGUCCGCCGUGCGAUGUAACACGGGACACAGUCUGUUUGUGCCUUUCUUCUCUUUCACGGCUAUCCAGUAGCUCAAUUGCCUUUUGGCCUUGGUAUCUAGCAAGUAUCCUAGUUACUGCCGUUGCUGCCACUUUCCUACAAGGAUUCCCAAACCUGCUAAAUCAUUGUGAACGAGAGUCGUUGUCACCGUGCUCCAAUCCGGACGAAGUCGUAUUUAAGAACUAUUCAGUUAAUAUCAUUCCUCUCGUCUCAAGAAAAAAAGACUUUCUGGGAAACUAGUGGUUGCCACGAGUGCACACCUCUUUUUGUCCUGCUUCUAGUGACUAUUUUUUAACCUUUUUUUUCUUAUUAGCUGUAUCCAGCCAGGCCCUCUCUAGAGUCAUGCUUGUCACUUUUUUUAAAUCUUUGUAUUGAUGGUGCCGCUUGGAAUGUUCUGUUUCACCGAGCACCAGUGCACAUCUAAUGCCGGUGCAGUGGCUAGUAUUUUUUGAAUUUUCCUCUCUUCUCGUCAUUGCCCUGACGUCAUUUUGUGCGCUUGUGCAGCUAUUCUUUUAUCUCUGUGCGAUUACAAUCAUGUAGUGUACCGCUGCUGAUGAUUAGUGUUUUACAAUCAAACUCGGAACCUGUUCCAAUUGCUUGUGACCAAUCUA